GCCUCAGCAUUGCGUGCGAAGAGAGCAGCUUGUCAUUCAGAGGAAUCCGCCACCUGAAACGCGAGGAAGUCGAGUAUAAAACAGUCAUCUGCCUGGAGCUCUGCAAACUGAUCAAAGUUAUUCUCAUUGAAUAAUUGAACAGUUCUUCAAGUCCUUGGAAUAUAACAUUUCUACAAUAAUUCUGUGAAUGAGACUUAAGUUUUUUGGGACCUGGUCUAGUAUCUUGGAGAUGAAAACUUUUGGAUGUCAUUCUAGCACCUUUUCCCUAGAGUGAGUGCGAGAUGAUACCCCCGGGAGACUGCAUGUAUGCUGGGCGAAAACGGAGAAAACCCAUACAAAAGCACAGAAAGACUGCACCUGCGAGUGAGAAGUCCAAUCCAUCAAAACGGCACCGAGACCGGCUGAAUGCAGAGCUAGACCGGCUGGCCAGUCUGCUGCCUUUCCCACCAGAGAUCAUCUCCAAGCUGGACAAGCUUUCCGUGCUGCGUCUCAGUGUCAGUUAUCUUCGUGUCAAGAGCUUCUUCCAUGCCAGUCAAGAAAAGCAGAUGAUGAAGCACCUCAGUCCUUCAUCCAGUAACGACAUCACGGGUGAAGCUAUGCCUUGUGUUUCUGAGAGUGGGCUACUCCUGGAGUCCUUAACAGGCUUUGCUCUUAUUGUGAGCAGUAAUGGAAUGGUCUUCUAUACUUCUUCUACUAUAAUGGAGUAUCUGGGAUUUCAUCAAACUGAUGUGAUGCACCAGAACUUCUUUGACUACAUUCACAUAGAUGAUAGGCAGGAGUUCAGGCAACAGCUCCAUUGGUGCAUGAAACCCUCUGAGACUUCUGAUCAGGAUUUAGCCAAAGCAAAUGGUGAAGAUUUUGUGGUUAGCAGGUUAUUCCAAUCCCAGAAUGCAGUUUGUGUUCCUCCAGAGUUUUCAUCCUUUCUUAACCGGUGUUUCGUUGCGAGAGUGCGCUGUCUGCUGGACAGCACCUCAGGAUUUCUAACCUUGCAAUUCCAGGGACAUCUAAAAUUCUUGUAUGGACAAAAGAAGAAGAUGGCAUCUGGCACUUCUUUACCUCCACAGCUGGCUUUGUUCUGUGUGGCCAUGCCUCUGCUCUUGUCCUCCAUCACAGAAAUGAAGAUGAAAAACACAAUAAUUAGGGGCAAGAACAAAAUCUCAGGCAGUAACAUUAUUGAUCAUAGUGACAGAGAAGAGCACUCCAGAAGGCACUCAUUGAUAAAUGAGGGCAAAGAAACGAUCUUUAUGAAUUCUUCCACUCCUGUAGCUACCUUACUCCAAACACCAUGGGCACCAUUAUCCAAAGCAAAUGCCAAAUUAAAGAACGAGGAUUACAAUAGUAAUAGUAUAGAGCCUCUGAACAUCUGCAAGGACUCUUUAGGUGGCCAGAAACUCCCUGACUUAGAGACACCAUGGACUCCCAGAAGCUCUUAUGGUCCCAUCUUUAGUGGUCAUGGAGUCAACUUUUUACGUGGUGGUAGAGUAAGCAAGCAUAGUCACUAUGGAAAGCCCUACAAAAUAUCCCCAGUGUAUCCCAACAGCACAACGGAGCAUUAUAUUCCAAAAAUCUAUGCCAGUCGUCCAUCCCAAGAAGUCAUGGACGAUAAUUAUAUGGACAGCAACAAAAGUGAAAAUCCCUAUUAUGAAGGCCAAAGACAAGUCUAUGAUGCACAUCUGAUAGCUGAGUUACCAAUCAAAGUAGAGCAUGACUCUGAUGCUGAAAACGAACAUGACUUUUAUGAACAGGCUUGGACAGAUCAAGCGCAUAGUAACAGCUUUUAUGAUGGCCUACAAAUGAAAGCAGAAGAUAGUUAUUAUGAACAGUACAUGCCUUGCCAAAAAAGCACACGAAGUAAUGGACAACUGUACAGCAGCCAGCACCCAAAUGCCUUAGGAGCAACUGCACAGCCUCUGAAGUGUGUCCUUGAUAAAGAUACAGAAUAUCUCCGUCCCCAGAGGCUGGGACACUUACACCCACUCUGUAGCAGCCAAAGUGCUAACUGUAUGGACAAUUACAAUGCUGGGGCUAUGGAGAACAAGGGCUUCAUACAUCAGGAUUACAAACCGGGUUGUCAAUUCAAAGGACAGGGACUGCUUCAUUCCAUCAAACGUGAGCCUAUGGAUUCUCUUUCCUGGCAUGAAGGGGAAUAUGAACAGAAUGGUGGACAAUGGAAUAUGAUGCCUAAUUACAUAAUGAAUAUAGGGCAGCCCAAAGUGAAUCCAAAUAUUCUUAUGCAAUAAUGUACACAAAUGUCUGCCAUAUGACGGCUACCUCUGUUAUCAUAUAAUCAACCAAAGAUAAUAAAUAAACUGUGGUUAUUAUAAAACAAAGGUCAACUUCUCCAAGAUAAUAUUAAACAGGACAUUUAAUGUUACAGGUUCUUUACAUUUUCAGAUAUGGUGCAGGAUUAUUUUGUAUUGAAUACAUGUUUGUAUUAAAUUUGUAUAUUGUGAGGGAUUUGCAUGUUUAUUUUGUUUGUUUCUUGGCACUUUUAAGUGAAUAUUUGAUCUGAUUUGAUUUAAUUGUGAUAUUAGAUUAUUUAUAAAUAAGAUUAUUAAGAAAAACUAUUUACCUAACUCUCGUAUGUAAUAAUUGGUAGCAUUUGUUAGUUCAGAUUCUUGGUAUUUGAACUGUGUACAGUAGUGCAGGGGAAAUAAUUACCUUGAUGUUAGCUGCCAAAUGUUUUCAUUACUGUUUAUUGCAUGCUCCCCUUAAAAUAACAAAACCUCAAAGGGGUACUAAUAGCAUUUUAAUGGCAUAGUGGUGCAACAGGUGUAGCGUUGGCCAUGUGCUACAGUUUCUCUUCACUUCACAAAUAAUAUGCUGACAUGGAUUGGCUAUGCUAAAUUUAAUAUGCUUGUGUAUGCAUAAUGUCCUGCAAUGGACUGCCAUGCCACCUAUGGUAUAUUACUGUUAUGCAUAAGAGGAUAAAGCCUAUAUUUAAGAUAAUAAAAACAGUAGUUUAAAAGUAAUUGGGUAUGAAUGUUAUUUAUUUAAAAUUGUUUCAAUAAUUUUUUAGUUAAAGGUUAAAUAUUUCAAACACAUUAUGUAUAGAUUACAAAUUUAUUCAGGACCAAGCAUAAACAGGAAAUUUGGCCCCUCAGCAAAUCUGACUGGUGAGCCAAAUGACAAGUAAAAGCUACAUAACCUUGCUACACCAAGUUAAAUAUUCUGGAGAACUUUAAUAGGCAUUGAAAGACAAACUGUUUUUAUUUUUUUUUUUUUUUGCAUUUUUAUAGCGACUAAUUUGACUGUAAGAAUAUCACUUUAAAGCAGCAAGCUAAUCUCAAAAUAUUGCUGUAAUUUUAAUAGUGCAUUUUAAUAUUUUAUACUUAAAUUACUAAAGAUUAAUAUUAAAAACAAGGAGUCUGGUGUACUAACAGGAUAUUUGGGGAAUUACAUAAUUUCCAUUUUUCAUGUUUGACCUAAUAAAUAUGCACUUUAUGAUGCAGAAUAGAAUUUAAAGAUUCAUGGAAAAUCCUUGUUUACUGUUUGGUUUUUUUUUUUUUUUUUUUUUUUAAGUUAGGUGUGGGGAAAUAUUCCCAAUGAACUCAGUAUGGACAAAGGUAUUGGCACACCUGACUUCCAGCCAUAAUGUGGUUCUUAGCAAAACUGCACAAAUUUGGAGGCCUCCUCACUCUAGUUUAUUAAUGCCCUUGAGGCUGAAUAAGCACAAAUCUCCACAAACACACACACAAGAACUAUGACUAGAGUUGCCAGAUCUCAGUGGCAAAAGCAGCCAAAUAGUAUGGAGCUUCCUUGAAUAGUUCUUAUACUAAAAUCACAAAAUUAGAUUUUUACAUACUACCUCCAGUUCCACACUUUUAAGGCAGGUUCCUUACUACACUGGCUCACUCCCACUUGCUUUGAAGCAACACUUGUGCCUUCACAUGUUGAAGAGCCAUACAAGAUACCCCUCUGCACAUACUGUAGACUUCCAUUAGUAUCAACUGUAAAACCUGCUAUUGGUGGCCGCUCGCCAUCUGAUGCUGCCACCGUGUGUGGGAGUGUAUAGUCUUUAUCCUGGGCUGUGUAAAUAAUAUGGAUUAUGUGUAAAUCAUACACAUAAUCCAUAUCAGCUUCACAUCUCCUCUGCAAACCUCAAUAAUUCCAGCAAAAAAAAUUAUUAAUGUGUGCACUGUCACCGAGCUUUAUAUAUUUAUCAGUCAAUAGCAUUUAUAUGCUAAAUAAUAUUAGUCAAUAUUUUUCUUGUCUUCCAAUAAAAUUCUAAAAAAGAAUACCAAUAUUUAAUGGAGCAGAUUAUAUGGAUUUUUGGGCAAUUGAUUAGGUCAAACCUUUUAUUCAUCCAAAAAAACAAAAGAAAGAAAAUCACCCAUGUUGUAAUCUCUAAACUCCAUACCAUUACACAAACAUUAUAUAGAACAAAUGGAAACCCUUAUAACCUGUGCUUCUGGCUUAUUCUGCAGACAGACAAGAAACUGUAAUUCUGCCUUGUAACAAAGUACCUGCUUUGUAUUGUUUAAGGGCAUUUUGCUAGACAAUUGAGGCAGAAU